AUGGCUUCUACUAUGGCUACAAACAGAGCGGCCAUUCAUAGCAAUGUACGAAUCUCAUUACCACUUUUGUUUACUGCCAAGUUGUCUCAACAAAAGCUGAUUCUUCUCCAGGUUCGGCCAAAUCGUAUCGGUACAUCGACACUCAACGGCGACCGUACAAACUCUACACACAACGCCGGGAUGACCAACGGCUUUCCUGCUAGUAAAGAUCGCUGGAAUAACAACAUAUGGUCCAGAAAUACAUUCGGGUCGGACAGUGAGACUGAAAGCACCGUAACUAGAGAAAAUGCUUUCCAAGGAAAAUCCGGUUCCAGUUCUCUUUUAGCGACAUCAGAAUCCGAAGGAUGGGCUGGUCGUGCUAGUCUUCCUUGGAAUACAGUCGGCUCAGCAUCCACCUUGAACAGCAUCAAGACAUCUCCUAUUGAAGCUCGCACAGGCGAUCGAAGCGCACCAACCAGCGCUGGAAGUGGAGAGAACAGCUCAUAUUUCUCACUACCUCGGACUGCAAUCGGCCAGAAUGGAAGCUCAGCUGCCUCGAAAACUUACCUGGGCUCGAACGCGGAUAGUUAUUCAGUACCAGCUACCGAGGGGCUAUCGCUGUCCAACUUCGGGAACUUCAGGAAUGACGACCAGACGCAAUUCCCCUCGUUUUCGAGCAACCAGACUACCGGUGCGUUCCAAAGGAAGUCCAGUUUGGUCCCAACUACUACGCAACGAUCUGAAGAUGUUCUGGGAUCCGUGAGUGCUGGUCCAUUCUCGCACGUUGGGUCGGAGUCUAUUUCGUCUGGUUCCACUCGUCUUGUCGGUUCCAACAACUAUUCUCACUCAGCCUACCAGUCAUACCAAUCGGACGCGCAUAAUAUGGGAUCCCGUCUAUCGAGUGGACAGAUCGAGAUCAGCGCAGGUUUGAACCAACUGCAUUUGAACGAUAACGGCUAUCAGAAUGCACAUCGAAAUGCAUACGCUCAUCAUGACUCAUUCGACAUUUCUGGCAACCGCUUCAACAGUAACUUGGAUGAUGUUAACUAUCAAGACAUGUCCAACUAUGUCGCCGACUUCUCAAACGAUGGCCCGCUAGCAUCCUAUCAAGCCUUGUCCAGACUUGGUGAACGUGAUCAGUCUCCUGCUAACGACUAUGCUCGCGGACUUGGCAACUCCUUCUACCCAAGUACACGGACACCCCCGGUUGCAGUUAAUCAGCUCCGCCCUUCCUCUGGUCAUCGCAUGUCGGCACAAAUCAGUGAUGGACAACAACUGCUAGACCGUAGGCUUCGGGGACUGCAACAGGAGCAAGAAUUCAACCCCGCUGCAGGGGCUGCCAUGCAGCAGCGAGUCUCAAUUCCUAAUUGCUAUGAUCUGUCUGGCUACUCAGCUGCUCGCUUGAACGGCUUUCCUCAAUACUUGCAGAUGUCAUAUAACAAUUUGGCACCAGCGAUUGUGCAACGUGUCUCUCACCGCGAGCCGGAUCCCAGCCAGGUUGUUCGCAGCCCACUACUUGAAGAGUUCCGAACUCAUAACAAGUCAAACAAACGAUACGAGCUGAAGGAUAUUUACAACCAUAUUGUGGAAUUCAGUGGUGAUCAGCAUGGUUCCAGAUUCAUUCAGCAGAAACUCGAGUCGGCCAAUAGCGAUGAGAAAGACCAAGUGUUCCGUGAGAUUCAGCCGAAUUGCUUGCAACUCAUGACUGAUGUCUUUGGUAAUUAUGUCGUCCAAAAACUUUUUGAGCACGGCAAUCAGUCUCAAAAACGAAUUCUCGCGAACCAGAUGAAGACUCACAUAUUGGCUCUGUCAACCCAGAUGUACGGUUGCCGUGUUGUUCAGAAGGCCUUGGAGCACAUCCUGACCGAUCAACAAGCGGCCAUGGUGAAGGAGCUCGAUCAGCAUGUCAUGAAAUGCGUGCGUGACCAGAAUGGUAACCAUGUCAUUCAGAAGGCCAUUGAGCGGGUUCCCACGCAGCACAUUCGCUUUAUUAUCGAUGCCUUCAAGGGAAAUGUCAAUAAGCUAGCCACUCACCCGUACGGCUGUCGGGUCAUUCAACGUAUGCUCGAACAUUGCGAGACGCCUGACCGCGAAUCAAUUCUUGCAGAACUUCACGUAUGCACGGAACUAUUGAUCCCAGAUCAAUUCGGCAACUAUGUCAUUCAACACGUUAUUGAGAAUGGCGAAGAGAAGGACCGAUCUGUCAUGAUUAAAUCUGUCAUCAAAAACGUUCACAACUUUUCCAAGCACAAGUUCGCCAGCAACGUCGUUGAGAAGAGUAUCGAAUUCGGAGAGGAGAGCCAGCGACGAGAAAUCAUCCGACUGCUUACAGCGCACAAUGAUCGCGGUGAGAGUCCAUUGCUAGCCUUGAUGCGAGAUCAGUAUGGAAACUAUGUCAUUCAGAAAGUCCUCGGGCAAGUUAAGGGAUCAGAGCGGGAGAUGAUAAUCGACGAGAUUAAGCCGUUGCUCAGUCAGCUGAAGAAAUUCAGCUACGGAAAACAAAUCAUGGCAAUUGAGAAACUCAUUGUUGACCCUAACGCUCCGACAGUUGCUGCAAACUCGUCCACCACCCCCCCUGCAUCACACAAGUCUUCACCUCAGCCGUCUCGCAGAUCGCUUGCCGAAAUGCGACCUUUGAUCGGCGGCGCAGCACCUCCUACUCCUCCACCCACCGACACUCAGAGUCUUCAUGGAGGGUCUGCUACUGACGGCUCAGUUGACGGACCUGUCGAUAGCUCGAAGGGGCUGGCUACCACUUCUAUUGCUGCCAUUCCUGACUCUACAACGGCCACUCAUCAGACUGGAGCUGAGGUGACUGUGGCGGUCAGUGUUCCAUCUGAAUCACGAGCAUAAAUGACGGGAUCUCAUAUUCAGCGGUGCGAUUUACUAAUUUUCUCAAUUCUGCUAUGUUUCAUAUUCUAUUAUUAUCGUCGGGAGGGCCAUAUACAUACAGGGAUUCUUCAGGGGAGAUAUAUCUGGUUUUUUUUUUUUUUUCUUUUUCUUUCCAUGUUCAAACUUUCUGUUCCUGUGUCCUUUUUUUUCCGUUAUCACCUACUUGCCCCUCUGAUUAUUUUUAUAACUUUCAUUGUGUUCAUGUACGGGGCAUGCUGGCAUGGGGCUAUAUACUGUGUCAGUGAACAGAUUCUCUCCCUUCUGUUUUAUGCGAUGAGGCGUCGGACGGUGCGAUGAAAUUUUCGAUUGCAUACCCCGAUUGCCACGAAGAUAUGCCUAUUUAUACUCGGUUUAAUAUCCGUCACUCAUAUCCCGGUUUCAUCUGGCGUGGGCUGCGGCGUCUUUUUCUUAUGGAGAUGAUUCGCUUGAUUGUUUAUUUUUUCUACUUCAUCUUGUCUUGCUGGGAAAUACUCUGCUUGCUUAUUAUUCUUGCUUCGAGGAAACAAACAUUUCAAACAAACGAUGAAUGGGAAUGGGAGCAUGCUAGAGGCAAUGACAUGGGAUUCGCUUUAUUCUUAUAGAUACUUAAUUCAGAUUGCUUGAC